AUGGUAGUGGUGGUGGUGGUCGAUUAUUUUGGUGGUAGCGGUGGUGAUGGUCGUGUUGUUAGAGGUGGCACUGAUGAUGGUGGUAUUGGAGGUAACAAUUAUGAUGGUUGUGUUGGUAGUGGUGGCAUUGGUGAUGGUGGUGUUGGAGGUGGGGGUAUCGGUGAUGGUGUUGGAGGUGAUGGUAUCGGUGAUGGUGGUUUUGGAAGCGGUGGUGAUGGUGUUGGUUUGCGCUGGUACGGAGAUGGUAAGGGCGAAGCCGUCUCGCCAGAGACGGCGGUACAGGCAAUAGAGAUGCUGUCAGCAGUAGCGGUGGUGGCAGACGCGAUAUAUGAGAUAGCUACGAGAAUUAACGCGGGGGCGUGCCCGGACUUUGAUCGUUUGGUCGAGGAGGAGGAAGGAGUUAAGGUUAUCAAUCGACUGCUUCGAUAUCAGUCAUGUCUGUCAUAUGAAUCAGCUUCUCCACCCUCAGUAUUCGUGGCGUCCCCAUUGUGUCGGGUUCAUAUGUUUACAGUGAGUAGUGUGCUGAUGGCAAAGGGCUGUAAUGUCAUGCUGUAA